CGAAGAAAAUCUAGGAGCUCCUUUUCGCCGCCGCCGCCGCCGCCGCCGCCGCCGUAGUACGCCGCUCGUCUUCGCCGGCGGUCGUCAAUCGUCAAUCGUCGACGACGACGACUUCUUCGGGAAGUGCACGGAAUCAGCUCUGUUUCCAUCCGCUGUUCUUUCCACGUCCAGGUUUCGUUUCGAAUCCCGCCGGCUUCGAGCGUAAAACCCUAGCCACGACUCACCGCGCACCUCUGCUCCGCUAGACUUGAAGCUUGUCAAAAUGGAUCCUUUUGAAGAUUUAUUUCCUAUACCUGCAGUAAAGCGAGGUACUGCUGCUGGAAAGUUUCAACCCAAGGGAAGACUGGCAUUGAGAAAGCCAACAUCUUCAUCGGGGACUUCAAUCCUUCCUGGUAAAGACCAGAAAGAGGCCAUAUCACCAAGUACUGCCGUGUCAGACACGACAAAGUCAUCGGAGAACAUUGGUCCAAAAGAUGAUAGGUUGACAGAUCCCAAUGCUUCACCUUUGGUUUCACUUGAUAGCUUUGAGAAAAUGGUGCCUAGGAGCAGUGAAAGUUCACAACUGGCAGUGGACCACAUGGGACUGGUGAAUACUUCAUCUGAACUUGUUCAACUGGAUGUUGGUACCUCAGAUGCCCUACCUUCUGAUGUGGUCGUGCCAAAUCAAAAUGUUGAGGAUUCUUUUGUCUUUGAAGAAUUUAAUGGAGAGAUGGAUGCAGGAUGGAUGAUGAUCUCAUUAGCGAUAUACUCCCCAGCCACUUGCAACCAGUGGUAUGAACUAUGA